ACCCUUUUCUCCAGAAAAUAAAUUAUUUGAAUGCCUUGCUAAACCAAAAUCACCAUCCUAAUCCUGCUAAUAUAAUGGUUUCUUCAUUUAGCUCACAUUUCUUCCAUGUUGCUGCAAUUUCACUACCCAUGGCUGCAAAGCAAGUUCUCUCCUCUCAAAUCCUAAAUCUACCCAAUACAUCUUCCAUUACAAGACCUCCGAUGUGCGGCUAUUGUCAAAGUACUUGUCAAAGUGUUGUUGGUGCAAAAGAAGUUAGAAGCACGGACCUUGUAGCAUUGGAAUAUGCUGACCUUAACCUCACUGAUAAACAUUCUGGAGACGUGGGUCAUGUUAGAAUCAGGCAACAUGUGAACCCAUUGAGUUCAUCUUUUUCUAUGCCAACUCCAGUACCUAAUUGGAAGGAAGUGUUCAAGGACCCAACUUUACCCCUCAUGGUGGAUAUUGGAAGUGGGAGCGGCAGGUUUCUCAUAUGGCUAGCAAAAAAGAAUCCAGAUUCAAGAAAUUACCUGGGUAUUGAAAUACGGAAGAAACUAGUCAAGCGUGCUGAUCUUUGGGUGAAAGAGUUGGCUCUUAGUAACAUACAUUUCCUGUUUGCAAAUGCUUCAGUUUCCUUUAGACAACUGGUUCUCGAUUACCCUGGACCCUUGACAUUUGUUUCAAUUUUGUGCCCGGACCCUCAUUUCAAGCAAAGACAUCAUAAGCGAAGGGUAGUGCAGAAGGCUUUAGUGGAUUCCAUCCUCGACAAUUUAGUGCCUGGAGGAAAGGUUUUUGUGCAGUCUGAUGUGCUUGACGUAGCUCUUGACAUGAAGAGUCAAUUAGAUGCCGAAUCGGGGAUGCUUCAACACAUUGAUGAAAUUGAUCCAAAUAUUUCGUGUGACAAUGAAGGAUGGCUAAUGAAAAAUCCUAUGGGAAUAAGAACUGAAAGAGAGAUCCAUGCAGAAUCCGAAGGUGCGAAAAUCUACAGAAGAUUGUAUCAGAAGCGGACAUUAUUAUGAGUAUUAGUAAGCUUUCUCCUGCUAAGAGUUUUCCAAGUUUGUGUAGGAGAAGUAGAGAAUUUUUCUAAGCUCAUUUUCACAGAAAUUAGUCAAUGUUUUUUUAAACAUAUAGAGAUAUUUUGAUCUCACAUAUGCUCCCCUUUUACUUAGGUUGGAUAUUGACAUAUUCUUCCCUUUUUAUUGUAUGAGUCAUUGUUGUAAAAAUCGAGCGGGAUUGGCCGGUUCGGCCAGAAACAAAGACCAGUCCGGUUUAAUACGGUUCAACCUUUUUGAACUAAAAAAAUUGUUGAAGUUGUUAUAUCAUAAAAACUGCCAAAUUCUUUAUUUACUA